AUGAGUAGCGAUAUGAGUAAAACUAAGAGUAGCUCAAAGUUGAAAUUUUGUACCGUGUGUGCAUCUAAUAAUAACAGAUCCAUGGAAUCUCAUAAAGUCUUAAAGGAAGCAGGAUACGAUGUUUCCAGUUAUGGUACUGGUAGUGCUGUUAGGCUACCGGGUCUCUCUAUAGAUAAACCUAAUGUUUACCCUUUCGGCACGCCUUAUAACGAUAUAUACAAUGACCUACUUUCUCAAAGUGAAGAUAGGUACAAACAGAAUGGAUUAUUAGAGAUGCUUGAUCGUAACAGAAAACUAAAGAAGGCCCCUGAAAAGUGGCACGAGGGAAAAAAGGUUUUUGAUUUUGUUUUCACUUGUGAAGAAAGAUGUUUUGAUUCGGUUUGUGAGGAUUUGAUGAACCGUGGUGGUGUAAUGAACUUAAUAGUCCAUGUCAUUAAUGUUGACAUAAAGGAUGAUAAUGAAAACGCCAAAAUUGGUGGGCGAGCAAUAUUACGAUUGGCCGACAUGCUAAAUGCCAAAGUUUCAGAAUGUGAAAGAAAUGGUACGCAGUUUGAAGAUCACAUGAUGGAUGUAUUUACGGAAUGGCAACAAGAGCAUCCAAAAUUACCAUUAACGUACUCCGCAGCAUAUUAUUAA